AUGAAUGAUAAUCAUGAAACAUUCUUUUUUGCUAAGAAUUAAAAAAGGAGAAUACAUGAACAAGACUAUGCUAUUAAAGUUAUCUCACAUACAAAGGUUGACAAAGAGACUAUUUAAUUGAGUGAAUCAUUAUUUAAUGCUAAAAUUACUGCAAAAUAAUCCUCUUGUAUUAUCAAAGAUAUUCAAAGAACUAUUUAAUAAAAAAUCAAGUUUUAUGAUCAAUAACUGAAAAGUACUGAUUCUUUUAAAAAAUAAACAGAAAGAAAAAGUUUGAGUCCAGACAUCAAUAAACCAAAAUUUAUUGAAAAUUAAUUAACAUCAAAGAACUAACAAUUUUCUCCUUAAAAAAUCAUUAUAUAACCUAAUCAUAAUUAAGAAUAAAUAUAAACUCCAAUCAAAAAAAAUAAUGAAAUCUAAUAAUCUCAAAAGUCCUUGAAAUAAUAAACUUAAAGCAUUUCUCCUACUAAAAGGCAAUCUUAAAAUUAUGAAAGAAAUCAAUCAAAAAAUUAUUCAUCACCUAAAAUCAAACAAAAAUGUAGCUCAUAAUAUAUGCAAUAAAUAGAAAGAGAAAGUUCUUAUUCAAGACAAAAAGUAAAGGAAAUAUAAAAAGAACUGGAGAAUACAUAAUCUACUAAUAGAGUAUCAACUGCAAGAGUCAAUGGAAUUGCAGAAAGAAAUGAAGAAUGGAAACAAAAACUAAAAAAUAAAAUAGAUAACGAAUAAAAGAAAUAAUAAUAAAAAGAAAUGAUUGAUUGUACAUUCAAACCUAGAAUUAAUAAUUAAAGAAAUACAAAAAAGUAUUAAAAAAGUGUAAGCAAAGAAUUUUAAACAGAAAUUAAUGAAUUGAUGCAUCUUAUUGAUAAUUAAAGUCAAGUAAAAAUUAAAUUAUGA